GUUUCACCCGAGCCUCAGACUCAGACGAACAGACACACGCGCAUGACUCUGAAACCUAUAGCUCUGUAUAUACAUGACAGUUUGACAAAUGGCUGCAAACACAGAGAAAGAAACCAAAGCAAACCGCGAGGUCGUGUUGGGCUUCUUAGAGGAGGCCGAAUCAUGGCAGCUUCUUAAUAACCAGUUUCCAAGUAAAGUCGGAGGGAGACCUGCGUGGUUGAGCCAAGUGGAUUUACCAACUGUGCCUGAAUUACAGUGUGAGAAGUGUAAACUUCCUACAGUGUUUCUUCUGCAGGUCUACGCACCGAUAGCGGAAGAUGAGCGAUGUUUUCACAGAACUCUGUUUGUGUUCUGCUGCAAGACACCAGCCUGCUAUACGAAAAAUGACAACAAGUGUUUUAAAGUGUUUAGAUGCCAGCUGCCAAGGAAAAAUGACUUUUACCCCUUUGAUCCUCCUCCUGAUGAGAAGCCUGAGCAGCUAGUGAUUGAUCAUCAGGUUCUGGGCUCUGGACUCAAACUGUGCAGGCUGUGCGGUUGUCUGGGACAGAAAGCCUGCUCUCGAUGUCACUCUGUCACAUACUGCUGUAAAGAGCAUCAGACCACAGACUGGAAACAUAGACACAAGAAAGAGUGUUCUAAUGAGGUUUCUCAAAGCUCAGAGGAGCUCAGUUCCUUUCUGUUUCCCGAGUGGGAGCUGGUUACAGAGCCGGAAGAGCUUCCGGCAAAAGACGAGGAACUUCACCACAGUCUGGAUCAGGAGAACAUGGCAUGCUUAAACGAUGGUUUAGAGGACAGUGAACUAGAGAGUAUGGCCCUUCAUGAAACACAAGACUCUAAAGUGUUUCAGAAGUUUAAGAAGCGCAUCGCUCAUGAACCACAACAGGUUUUGCGGUAUUGCAAAGUAGGACCUCCUCUCUGGGUGUCAGCUGAACAUGUGCCACGUGAGGAAGAUGUUCCAGAAUGUCCAUGUGGUGCAAAACGUCUGUUUGAAUUUCAGAUCAUGCCUCAGUUACUGAAUCACCUCAAGGUGGAUAGGACAGAUGCCAGCAUAGACUGGGGGACGGUAGCCAUUUACACCUGUGCUGACAGCUGCGACCAAGGCACCAAAUACUCUACAGAGUUCAUCUGGAAACAAGACUUUUCAGGAGAUCAAGCAAUCUAGAAUUGGUUUGGUCACAUAAAAUAUAGUUCAUGCCCAUUAUAAUGCUUGAAAGAAAAAAAACAAUUUAUAUUAUUAAAGAAACGUGAAUGACAGAAGCAUUGGUUCUAUUACACCAUUUCUUUUUCUAAAUAAAAUUAAAAGGCCUUCACGAGUAGUAUUACCAAA